AUGUCGCGAUGACCUGAAGAGAAUAAUGUUUGUUAAUAAUGGCAUAAAAAGUGAGGGAAAUCAAAAAAUCAGGAACAGCGACUGUCUUCGCCUAAGAUUCCAAGAACGCGCGUUCGCGAUAUGUGGUGCACCUCAGCGUCCUCGCACGCAGAUUUGGAUGGCCCCUCCGCCUGCUUCCAAAACCCUCGAAUGUCAAUUCUCAAGCGUCAAAACUGAAUUCCUUUCAGCGGAUUGAGUCAUCACCGUUGUCGGAGGUUUUAACUUUCGAUUCACGGCGUUUACCAUGGCGACGAGAAAUCGCACAGCCGUGUUCAGCAAGUAUAGGCACACCCUUAACAGUAAUCGUUUUCUGGAGUCAUCUUCUUCUAAUUCAACGUUUGGUGGCCCCGUGAUCGAAAUGGCCACCACCUCGUUUCUUCAUUCUCAUCAGUCGUACGCUCCACUCAGCACCGAAGAGCCUGGCCCCUCUAGUAAGGAUGCAAUAGUGUGCCUGCCUCCAGACUGGGUGGAUGUCUUUGAAGAAAUAGCUGCCAAUAUACAGCAUAUUAGAGUAAAAAUGAAAGAGUUACUCAAGGCUUAUGCUAAGGCUUUGACACCCUCUUUUGGAGAUGGCAAAGAAGAUCAACGUGUUUUAGAGGCUCUUAGCCUAGAGAUUACAAAUCUACUGAGGAAGUCAGAGAAGAGAUUGCAGAAGCUCUCCACAGGUGGGCCAUCUGAGGAUUCAAAUAUUCGGAAAAAUGUGCAGCAUUCUCUUGCUACGGAACUUCAGACACUUUCUGUGGAGCUUCGGAAGAAACAGUCAACAUAUUUGAAACGUCUUCAUCAGCAGAAGGAGGGGCAUGAUGGGCUUGAUCUGGAAAUGAACUUUACUGAAAAUAAAUCUGGAUUGAAUGUUGAUGAGUUUGGAGACAUGGGUCUUAAUGAGCACCAAAUGGCCAAACGGAAAACAAGUGAACAGUUCACUGCUGAAAGGGAAAGAGAGAUCAGACAGGUUUUGGAAUCAGUUCACGAGCUGGCCCAAAUAAUGAAGGAUCUUUCUGUUCUUGUUAUAGACCAGGGCACUAUUGUUGAUCGGAUAGACUACAACAUUCAGAGUGUUUCUGCAUCAGUAGAAGAAGGCUUUAAACAGUUAAAGAAGGCAGAGAGAACUCAUAAGAAAGGGGGGAUGACGAGAUGUGCAACAGUUCUUGUCAUCAUGUGCUUUGUAAUGCUUGUCCUACUGGUUCUGAAGGAGAUCCUUUUUUGAGUCUUUUCGAAUCGCAUGUCAGGUACACUUGGGGGUUAGAACGGAAGAAAUUUUUUGAAGGAUUUGUUAUCUUUCGUUGUGGCAGUGUCCGUAUUGGUUAGAUAUUUAUUUAUUUAUCUUUUUCAUUUUUCAUGUGAGAAUUUUUUGUAAUAUGAGGGUUCAUGAUGUAUGUUCAUUUAAGAACUGUUUUAGACACCAAAAAAUGAAUUCAGUUCUA